CGUCAUGAACGCGAAAAGUGAACCCUCCCAUUCGAUAUAGAUAUACACCUCGCUCAACGCCAACUCGCAAGCACUAUUGUCAUAUCACACAUACGUCGCAAGGCUAUCUGCAACAAUGUCGAUGCCCUUCGAACCAUCACUAUCUACAAGUGGCAUGCGCCCGCCGCUAUCGUCGGCAGAUGCCCCGUCAAUGGCGGACCAGCUACCCAGCAUCAACUUCGGCUUCGAGGAUCUACGCACCCGCAUGGCACAGUUCACGGCCAAGUUCGACAGCUUUAUAGAAAGGGGCAGGAAGCAAGUUCUUGAGGAGAGAAAUCAAUUCCGCGUGAACCUAGCUGAGCUGCAAGAGGACCGCCGCCUAAAACAAAAAGAUAUCGAAAUCCUCGACCUCAAAUCCCAAACCCACGCGCAGACCUUACAAAAGGAAGCCGCAGAAGCUGCCGAGAUGCACGAAGCCAUCACUGCUAUCACCGCCCAACGCGACGCCCGCCUCGCCACCCGCGACCGCUUCAAGCAACAAAUAGACGAGACCCAAAAGACCAUCAACCAGCGCCUGGAAGCCCAGAAGGCGCACGCCAGAAACCUCGAUGCCCAGGCGCGCCUGAAUACGCCCGAGCUGGAGUUCUGGCAGGAUUACCUGUGUCUGCGUAUUGAAGGGGCUGGGCGCGAGGAUCGGCUUCGGAUUGUCUACACGCAUUUAGUGGAGAAGGAUUGGGAGCGGGAGGCGUGGUUUGAGCUGGGGACGGCGAGUAGGGAUUAUGAAGUUUUCCAUUGCCGGCCGAAGCUAGAGAGGGAGGCGGUGGAGCAGGAGUUGAUGGUUGUGAACGAUGAUAGGGAUUUUGGGGCUUUUUUGAAGAGGAUGAGGAGGUUGUUUGUGGCGGCUUUGAAGUGAGGGGAUUCUGUACAUUGGGCAUGUUUGUCUUCUUUAUUCUUUGAUGAUUAUUGUUGGAUGGGUGUUUGAGGGAAUGGUUAAUGACUAUAUUUCGUUUAUUAUUAACGACUCGGGGCUUCUUCCCCUUUGCAUGUCUAUAUAUUUGUUGUGUCUCAUUAAAACAUGACCAAGGACUGAACAAUUCCCCCUAUUAAUUCUUAUUCUGUCGCCUCACCUCCAAACCGGAGCAGCAUUUUAAUAUCCACGUCGUACUCGAUGAAUCUCCACCCCCUCAUCUCGUACGAGA